AUGGAUGCUGCGGCGCAGGGUCUCACAGACAGACUAUGGCCUUCAAAGCCGAAAAGAAAAGGGAGAGAAAGAGUCGGAGCCGCUAGCUGGGUUUUGAGGGUUUCAAAAGGCAAGACUCUCUCGACCAAGGGGGGAAAGCCCAGAGUGCUUGUAUCGCAGCGGUCUCUUGGGCUUGUGGCAACUUGCGAUGCUCUUCCAUCGAGUUCCACCAAUGGGAUUUUUUGUUCCUGUGCGCCUCGCUUAACACUUCCUAAAAGGUGUCAAUGUCACUGUCACUGUCGCUUUUGAGGAAAAUCCAAUAAUUAUAUAUAUAUAUA